AUGAAACUGUCAGAGUCACAGCUGGAGGAGGAGCAGGAAAAGGAGGAGUGUUUGGGAGCUGCUUUAGUCAGGUUAACAGGACACAGCAGCAGGAUGAAGAUGUUGCUGCUGUUGCUACUCAUCAUGAACGUUUCCCAGCAUGCCCUGGCUCCGGUGGUGGAGGUGUAUGAGGGGGAAAUAUCUGUCCUGUUGCCUUGCGAGUACUCAGGUUUUAUACCUGAGGAAAACCCCACAGUGCUGUGGACUCGCAAUGAUCUCAACCCCAAAUCUGUCCACCUACAACGAGAGGAAACAGUUGAUCUUAAAGGGCAAGACCAGCGUUACAGAGGGCGCACAUCAAUGAGGCCUGAUGCUCUGGACACUUUAGACUUCAGCCUCACUCUGAGAAACCCCCAAAUGACUGAUAGCAGCAUCUACACCUGCUCCAUCAGAAAUGAAAGGGAGGAACUGAAACUGACUGAUAUACAGCUGCAUGUCAAAGACCAACAGGUGGAGGUGAAGGUCACUGAAGGAUCAGAGUCUGUCAUCCUGCCAUGCAAAACAAUACCUGACCUGCCUGAGGACACCACAGUGGAGUGGAUGAGAUUUGACCGAGAAAUCAUGAUGGUCCAUGGGUAUUCAAAUGGAAGUGACCGACUUAAGAACCAGGAUGAAAUUUACUGUGGUCGCACAAAGAUGAACAAAGACCUGCUGAGAACUGGAGACCUCAGUCUGACCCUGAAAUACCCCACAGAGAGAGACAGUGGAGGAUACAUCUGCACCAUCUACAGGGACGAAGACAUCCUGAGACAGAAAGUAGUGCUGCAUCUUGUCAAAGGUCAGUGA